AUGGCUAAGCAGGCCGAACAACCACAACAAUCGCAACCUCUCAACACCGCAACAGAUCAACAUAAAAAGCAAAAGUCCGUGGGAACAGGUUCCCCGAUCGCCACGAUAUCCUCAAAGUUCGAACUUCCUCCUCAGCAGCAGCAGCCACCAAUUCCCAAGAGACCAGGCCACGCAUCCCGAGCUUCUAGCACGUCGUCAAAGCGCCUCUCUGCAUCAGCUGCAUCAAUCCCUGCCGAGACCCCUGCAAAACCGGCCCCGUCCCAAACUCCUACUCCAACACCUCCUCCACCCGAAGACAGUUCUGCUGCGCCAGGAGCUCUCAGAAGAUCCCUCUCAUUCAAGCUACCCAUCCGAGUCUCAACCGACAAUAAUAACUUUCCUCCCGCCAACAGCGGAAAUCGUUCUCGAGCUUCUUCUCUUCCUCAAGAAUCCGAAUCACCAGUUGAUAAAAAACGCCAUUCCGUACAACGCUCUCUCUCUUCUUUGACCUCUAUCGUCGAAGCCAACAACGCAUCGAAAGACCUCGAAGUCCCUCAAGCCAAAAGCCCCAAACCCUCACCAAAGUCACCAUCCAAGCAGUUCUUGUUAGAACGAGGUCUUCUUAAUCCCGAAGAACUCGACGAAGCCAGCUCACCCGAAGAACUCCAAACUUCUCUCCAAGACCAAGUCGUCCGAUUCCUUACCACAAUGUCUUCUCCCCAAAAGACCGACGCCGCUGAGCAGCAGCGUGCUCCCGCCUACCCUACCUCCUACCCUCCCAACAAUGGUCAGCUCGGACGCAGCAUGCCCCAGCCUGGCUUGCCUGUCCCCAUGCCCAACCUCUCUGGCAACGCCAACGGCCCCGUCGGCAACCUCCUGAAGGGCCCCGUCGACGACAAGGGUCAACUGACCAAGGCCGCUCUCAUGGUCGGUAUCAAGUUGGACUUGGAAGCCGAAGUCCACGUCACUGCCCGCGUACGCGGUGACAUCCUGGUCGGUCUGUACUAA